GCAGUUCGGAUCAUGUUUAUCAAACGCUCCUCUUUCCCACGCGCCAGUUUGCGGAGUAUUGCUUAUUUCGGAGGAGAACAGCAGUAACAGUCUGCGGGAGGGAGAGUUCACGAGAAUAUCCGCAGCAGUGCAGGAUUCUCUUCAGGACAUGAGGGCUGGAUCCCUCCACGCGCUGGACAUCUAUGGUUCGUCUCUUCUCUCAUCCCGUGGCCGAGGGACUGGUUCCCGUUGUGUGAGCGCAGCAGUGAGUCUCCCCCUGAUUCAUGAGCCAGCGCGAUGCCUCCUGUGUGCGGGCUCUCUCUGAGCGUCUCCUCAUAGCCUCGCACAAGGGCCAGGCCGACCAUGUGGUGCAGCUCAUCAACAGAGGCGCCAAGGUAGCCAUUACCAAGAACGGCAGGACGCCUCUGCAUCUGGCUGCCUAUAAAGGCCACAUUGCUGUGGUGAGGAUUCUGCUCGCCGCUGGUUGUGACCUGGACAUUGAGGACGAUGGUGACCAGACGGCUUUACACAGAGCAGCGGUGGUGGGAAACACAGAUGUCAUUUCAGCCCUCGUUCAGGAAGGAUGCGCACUAGAUAGACAAGACAAGGAUGGGAACACCGCUCUUCAUGAGGCUGCAUGGCACGGCUUCAGUCAGACUGUGAAGCUGCUGGUGAAGGCUGGAGCAAACGUUCACGCCAAGAACAAGGCUGGAAACACGGCUCUUCAUCUGGCCUGUCAGAACGGUCAUGUUCAGAGCUGUAGAGUCCUGCUGCUGGGCGGCUCUCGGCCCGACUCCAAGAACAGUGUAGGCGACACGUGUCUGCAUGUGUCUGCCAGAUAUAACCACGUGAGCGUGAUCCGAGCGCUCCUGGGCGCCAUCUGCUCCGUCACUGACAGAAAUCACACAGGGGACACGGCUCUGCACAUCGCAGCAACUCUGAACCACAGGAAGACCGUACGCAUGCUGCUGGAGGCUGGAGCCGACAGCCGCAUCAAAAACAACACAGGUGAGACGGCCCUCGAUCAGGCUCGUGAAAACAACAGUCCUGAAGUGGCGCUGCUGCUCACCAAAGCCCCGCAGAGCUUCAGUCGAGGACGCACCGUGAGGAAGAGGAGGGACAAGAUGAAGACGGAGGGUCGAGCACAGUCUGUCCCGCGGGAUGAGAUGCUGCCGAGAAAGUGUGACAGUGCUUCUCCAGCCCAGGACACUCACGGCAGUGACGGCUCUCUCCGCCGCACAGACAACAUGUUUCUCACAGAGCCACGAACAAACAAAAACUGCCACAGGAAAGCCAGAGACAGGCUGUCUCCAUCAGAUGCCCUCAUUCACAGACCAAAUAAACAGAGCGAUCCUAAGAAGAAGAGUAAGACGGAGAGAUCGUCUCCAUCAGCCGUUCCUCCUCCUCCUCCUCAUAACUACAAGGCGUAUCAGCUCUACACUCUCUACAGAGGAAAAGACGGAAAGAUCAUGCAGGCUCCUCUAAACGGCUGCAGAUGUGAGCCGCUCAUCAGUAAGCUGGAGAAUCAGCUGAUGGCCACUAAAGAGGAGAUGCAGUCGGAGAUCCACACCGUACAGGAGCUCAUGAACAGCAAGAUCGGCCAGAUGGACCGCAAGAGCAAACAUCAGAUCAGAGCUCUGGACAAGAUGACAUUAGAGCGAGUGUCUGCAGAGAGGAUCGAGUGUUUACACCGCAUCGACAAGAGAGCUGUGCAGGAGCGUCUAGAGGCCGAGAAACGACAGACAUCAGUGGUGAAGGAUCUGAAGAACUGGUGUCUUUCUAAGAUCCAGAGUUUGGAGACUCGUCUCUCAGGUGAGCGUGUGGACAGCAGGUUACAGCGCUCCUCGUCCCUCACAGACACACUGUCGGACUGCACCCCCGUCCUGGAGCCGUCUAGAGCAGCCCCGCACCCGUCUCCAUCAGCAGAGCCCACAGAUGCAGGAGAGACGGCCGCCGCCAGCUCCUGUGCUGAGGACGCUCCGGCCAGAUACUACGUGAUAGAGGUGGACGCAUCAGCAGACAAGCCCUCGUCCCAGAAUCAGUCUGCGCCUCAGUCUCCUUGUAUAGUGCGUCCUAAGCAGCGCUCGAGGGCCUGCAGUGACCCUCACCAGCUGCGGGACGAGUCUGAGGAGCGCAGUGUGGAGCCCAGACCUGCAGCCGAGCACAGGACCAUCAGGAGACACAGAGCCAAGAGCAAACCCAGCGCUCAGAGCCUGACGCUACAGACCUGUCCUGCCGCCGCAGAAGGGGCGUUCGCGCAGGAGCGGGACAACAUGCAUGCGCUGGAGGUCACGCAGUACUUCUUCGAGGCGGUGACCCUGCAGAUGGAGCGCUGGUACGAGAGGAAGAUCGAGGAGACGCGGAGGCAGGCCGACCACAGGGUGCAGGCCGACAGAGAGCUGCUGCUGGACCGAAUACAACACCUGGAGGACGAGCUGCGCCUGCUCAGGAUGAACACACAAGACGGAUAGACAAACACUGGAGGAAAGACUUCUGGAGGAAACACUUCUGGAGGAAGGACUGGAGGAAACACUUCUGGAGGAAAGACUUCUGGAGGAAACACUUCUGGAGGAAAUACUUCUGGAGGAAGGACUGGAGGAAACACUUCUGGAGGAAACACUUCUGGAGGAAACACUUCUGGAGGAAACACUUCUGGAGGAAACACUUCUGGAGGAAACUUCUGGAGGAAGGACUGGAGGAAAGACUUCUGGAGGAAAGACUUCUGGAGCAAGGACUUGAGGAAAGACUUCUGGAGGAAACCCUUCUGGAGGAAAGACUUCUGGAGGAAGGACUGGAGGAAACACU